AUGUCUGCUCUUGAUUUGAUUGAAGUAUGGGCAAAAAUCACUGGUAAUGAACCAGAGAAGGUUCACAUUAGCGCUGAGGCGGAUAUUGAUGAUUUAAAGAGCGAAUUGUUCGAUGGAAAUAAGGAAAAGAAACGACAACAUUAUGGUGUAUUCAACAAUCAACGACCUUCGUCUUCCGCACGAGUACCGCAUGACACUUGUUGUGCACAACCAAUUUUGUUCUUCAAAGUUGAUGAAACUGAUAUGGAUGUUACUCGAGUGAUUACACCCGACUUAAACACAAUUCCAUCGAAUGAAAAUUUUCUUGACGCAACAUUCAGCAUUCCUUUAAUAGACAAGGACACUACACAAGUUGAGCACUCGCCACCGCAUUUGGUUGAUACAAUUCAUUAUCAGAACGGUGAUAAAUAUGUCGGAGAGAUCAAUGCACAAAGAGAACCACAUGGGAAAGGAAUGAUGUGCUGGAAAAACGGUCGACGAUAUGAAGGAAAAUGGAAGAACGGCAAAAAGGAUGGACAAGGAAUAGAAUAUGGUGCGAAUGGUGCGAUAAAUUUGACUGGAGAAUGGAAGGAGGGUGUUAAAAUCUGA